CACAGAGUCAGUACCAGUAGCCUAUGUAGAACCACGUAGCAGCAGCUUUGGAUUUUAAGCAGCAGCAGCAGCAGGAGCAGGAGCAGGAGCAGCAGGAGCAGCAGGAGUCAGAGCGGUCAUGGAUCUCUUUGAAUUUGACUUUUUCAGAGACUGGGAGCUUGAACAACCAUGUCAUCUGGAGUCAGAGCGCAGCGCCCUGAAGAGGAGAGAGUGGGAGAGGAGGAAUCAGGAGGUCCAACAGGAUGAAGACCUGUUCUCAACUGGAUUCAACCUGUUUGGAGAACCGUAUAAAACUAAUAAAGGUGAUGCAUUGGCCAAUCGUGUCCAGAACACACUGGGCUCUUAUGAAGAAAUGAAAGACCUGUUAACCAGCCACUCCAACCAAAGCCACUUGGUGGGAAUCCCCAAAGGCAGCGGCGUGAACAACAACCUGCAAACCCCAACCACCUCGACGACAGACAGACCCACCAUGGAGUCUCAGCUUUUCAAUGAAACCUUAAGAGGAGUAGCAGGAGGAGGUGGAGGAGGAGGAGGAGGAGGAGGAGAAGAAGCAGGUGGGGACAAGAGGACGGGAAAUGCGGCUUCCUCGUCUUCCACCUCCAUGCAGCCACCUGCUUCCACCACAUCAUCAUCAUCAUCGUCAUCAUCAAGCACAUCGACAGUUACACAUCAGACUUCAAAGAAGUCCCGGAGUUCCAUGGACUGGUCAAAAGGAGGACACGGACAGACUUCGCAAGCAGCAGGUCACGUUCUGGGUUUAGGCCAGAGUGGUCAGGGUCAGGCUGCGGGAGCCGCCAGUGGCAGAGGGAAGAUCUGCUUACUGGAGGAACAUCAAAUGCAAAGGCACGAAGAACUGUUUAGCUCACUGAAAGACGAACUCGGUCUAAAAGGAGAUUCAAGCCCUUCUUCCUCUUCGUCCUCCUCCUCCUCUUCCUCCUCUUCUUCUAGAAGACACUCGGCCCAUCCUUCUAAAACCCUUACUCUCCCAGAUGGUGGAAAUUUUCGAUCCUCCGCCAUCGACGGAGGCCAUUUCAAGUCUUCCACAAACACAGACAAUGGUGGCCAUUUUAAAUCCUCGCCGUUCGAAAAUGAAACAGGUUCUCACUUCUCAACACCGUCGUCCCCGCUGGCUUCCACAUCAGUUGUGACGACGCCCACUCCGGGCCUAACCACGCCCACAUCUGGACUAACCACUCCCACCUUUCCCCCUGGCAGCCUAUCAGGGAAGCCAGUGGCAGUGCAGCAGAAGCCCACAGCAUAUGUUCGACCAAUGGAUGGCCAGGACCAGGUGCCGAGUGACUCUCCCCAGCUUAAACCCCCUCUAGUGGCCACGGAGGGAUUCAACAGCACGCAAGCUUAUGGAGGAAACUCUGGAAACGUGAAGAGUAAACUGCCAAAACUGACUCUGAACCACACGGGAGAGGUCAGCCUGCCAAAUGACUCCAGCUGUGUUGAAGAGAUUCUGCGGGAGAUGACUCAUUCCUGGCCUCCUCCUCUCACAGCCAUACACACUCCUGGGAAGGCUGAUCAGACCAAGUUCCCCAUCCCAAACAAGGAGUCACAGCAUGUGACCUCGGGCUACAACAGCCAGAAGCGAUGUAGUAUAUCAACUAACAAGCCCACUGCUAAACCACCAAGUGCACCGCAGAAGUAUAUGUUGGAGGACGACCUGAAGAUCAGCAGCGAUGAGGAAGACGCCGAACAACAGGUGUCUGACAAGCCAAAAGCCAGAGGCACAGCUGUGAGUGGUGCAUCGGGGAGCAGCAGCGAAUCAGAGAGCAGCUCAGAGUCAGACACGGAUGAAUCGGAGAGCAGCUCCAGCGACAGCGAGUAUAACCAGGCCUCCCGCACAAACACACCCGAGCCUGAGCCACCGUCCACCAACAAGUGGCAGCUGGACAGCUGGUUGAACAAGGUCCAAGCUCAAACCAAACCUCUGGUUUCUGCACAGCAAGAACAUCAUCAUGGCACAGGCUCCAUCACCCAGGGUCCAGAGACCUUCUCUCCAGGCAGUGAAGCAGCAGUGGGAGUGGGUACAACUGCCAAGGCCAAGCCCGGUACAUCCAGUAGCACCUCUGCUGCAGCUGCACCAACAGUGGAACACAAGGACAUCAGAGGAACCUUUUGCGUGGGCAGAGAGAAGGCCAAGGCCAAGCUCAGCCAGAAGACCUCGGGGGAAAACCAAAGGUCCAAGAUGAGGCUGUCACCGGCCCUGCUGUCAGGCCCAGAGGUCACGACCCCGAGGAGGAACACCACAGGGAAAAAACAGCCCAGACGGACAGAGAGGUCAAACAGUGUGGAGGAUAAUCAGAACCAGACAUGGAGCAGAGCAAACCAGCACAGCAGCCCUGCUGCUACGAGGGACAAGGACCUGUUGCCUUCGUCCUCCCUGGAGCAUCAGAACCCACCGAGGUCUCGAAGCAAAACCCCCAGUGGGAAAACAGCCCCCAGGAAGGAGCCUCGCAGCGCUACCACAUCCAGCAACAAUACCAUCACCCCACCAGCUGUGCUUCAGCAAACGCCUGUGCCAAUACCUGCUGUCGGCGUGAACCAGGAUAAGGAUAAAAGGAAGCACAGAGGCCCGAGCACCAGAAUCACACCCAAGUCCCGGGAAUUCAUUGAAACGGAUUCGUCCUCCUCCUCCUCAGAAUGUCACUCUGAGUCAGAGGAAGCCAUUAAAAUCCCUGCUCUGCCACAGACGACACGCGCUGCAAUUAACACGCAGACUCUGUCCAACAUGCACAUGCACGCGCCUCUCCUACCAUGCCUUGGCUCCGCUGCAAGUUUGGGGGGUCUGGGAACAUUUGGAGGAAAAGGGCUGCGAGUCAAAGAUGGCGGUAAUGUGACCGUUAAUGGUAGCAGCAGCACUAAUAGUAGCAUUAGCAGCGGGAAUAAUGGCAGCAGUAACAGCUGUAACUCCCUAAGCAUUAGCAACAUAAGUGGUUCAUUUGGUACAUCUGUUCCUGAUCCUGGAGGGUUAGGAGGGCAGUGUAAGGACCUGGAGUCCAUGUCACCGCCUCCGAACACGGGACACGAGGUGCCUCUGUCCCCCCUAAGGGACUAUCAGGAGAGCCAGAGUUUAUGGGUCAAAAUUGACCUCAGUCUGCUCAGCAGGGUACCGGUUCAGGGUUUGGGGGAAAGAUCCAGGGUGGGUCUCACGGAAAGGGAUGGGAGUGAAGGGAGAGACAGAGAGAGGCAGGGAGAGAGGACAGGUGUGGCAGAGAGAGAGCGACAGAAGCAGGAAGACAGAGAGUGGUCAGGGCUGAGGGAAAGACAGAGGUUAACUAAAGGGGAGCGACAGGAGGAGGAAAAUGAGCGACUAGUUCAGGACAGAGAGAGGCAAGGUGACAGAGACCGAUUAACAGAGAGAGAGAGGCAGACAGACAGAGAGGACAGAGAACGAUUAGGGCUCGGGGAGAGGGAGAGGACAAUGGCGAGGGAGAGAGAGAAAGUAUGCGUGGGACUGGGCGCUCUGGAAAACUCCUCUGUGCCAGAGCAGAGCAAUACCAGGCUAGCUGGGCGGACAGAGAGAGGAGAGAACGAAGGUAAACACAGGAGACAAGCAGCCGGGAACAUGAUGGUCUCAACAGAGAAACACACCAGCAAGAACAAGAGGAAACACAAGUCGGACCACACCGAGUCACCAGUCAACGGCAGUAAGAAGCUGCGACUGGACAAAGACUGUCAGCUCCUCCCUCCCUGCAUCUCUCCAAUACACAACCACAAGAACAGCUCUACAGACUCUCUGAACAGGAAGCAGUCUCGACGGCGCAACGAGAAGCUGCUACCCCCCCUCUUGUCCCCGCUCUCUGACGAGCCCCCACGUAAACGGACCUGUGACAGCAGUGCGUCUCUGAACCAGGACGGUGGCACCACAGGGAUUCUGCCCUGCUCCACGACGUCCACCUCCACCUCCUCCUCCUCCUCCUCCUCCUCUCACAGGCACAGGAGAGGUGAAGUCAAGGUGUCGGCACAUGCGAGAAAUGGCAGCGAAAUGGAUCCCUCCAGCGAGAAGCCCUGUGGAGAUGGUUACCAUGCCAACGGACAGUCAGACUCCGAUGUGUGGACGGAACCACCGAUGGAUCCUGCCGAGCCUCGCAGGCCAAAGCUGUCGUUUAGUGACACAGUCCACAGUGCCGACUACUACAUGCAGGAAGCCAAGAGACUGAAGCACAAGGCUGAUGCUUUGAUGGACAAAUUUGGUAAAGCGGUGAACUACGCAGACGGAGCCCUCUCCUUCAUAGAGUGUGGAAAUGCCAUGGAGCGAGAUCCACUAGAGGCCAAAUCACCUUAUACCAUGUACUCUGAGACUGUGGAGCUCAUCAGGUACGCCAUGAGGUUGAAGAACUUCGGCAGCCAUUCAGCCACCGUCGCCGAGAAGAAACUUGCCGUGUUGUGUAACCGCUGUCUGUCUCUGCUGUAUCUGAGGAUGUUCCAUUUGAAGAAAGACCACGCUGUCAAGUACUCGCGGUCACUCAUGGAGUACUUCAAGAAUUCAGCCAAAAGCUCCCACCACGCACCUUCUCCCUGGAGAACCAAUGGGAAGGUCAAUGGGACUCCAUCUCCUCUCUCACUCAGCCCCUCCCCAGCCAGCAAUGGAGGAGGAGGAUCUGGAGGGGCCCCAAGCUCGUUGGGCAGUGUAGCUAUUCCCCAACGCAUUCACCACAUGGCUGCCAGCCAUGUUAACAUAACCAACAACAUCCUGAGGAGCUAUGAACACUGGGAGACGGCUGACAGACUGGCCACCGAUAGCCAAGAUUUCUUCCAGGAGCUGGACUCGGUCAUGGAGCCACUGAGUCAGCAGAGCAGCAUGACUGAGCUUGUGCGAUACAUCAGGCAGGGACUACACUGGCUCCGUAUAGAGGCUCACCUGCUGUAGAGCGACAACAGAGACAAAAUAAAUACAUUUUUUAAAGAAAAAAAGGAAGAAGAUAUGGGCCUGGGAGCGAGAACUGGGAUAACCAGUGAGAUAACACUCAGGAUGCUGCUUCAGUUCCCACAGGGAUUCUUCAAAUGACCACGGUAAUGUAAAGGCAUAUACUGGGUGCAUUAAUUGGGAUGAAAUUCACAGGCAGUUUGGACUGAACAGUAACUAACUUUGUGAAUUUCCACCGUGAAUCACAGAAUACAAAUUACAUUGUUAAAAUAUUGGCAGUUUUUUUGUUUGUUUUGAAAAAGAGAGAGAGAGAGCGAGUGAGAGAGUGAAGGAGAGAGAAUAAUACUUCAGUGCGAGUAGCUGACAUUCCUACAAAGAAAACCAAUGUGACAAACUCCCUGUGUCUUUACUAUGAUAUAAUCAUUUAAAAAAAAUAGGUAGGAAAGGAGCUCACCAGAAGCUCCUCUCCUCCAUCAGUGGCCUAGAAAUGUGCCUGUGACUACAAUUAAAGCCUGUGGCUGAUAUUGAUCAAAGUGAAAAGGUCCCGGUCCAAUCCAUUAGAUAAGAACCAUGCUGGUAAAGGAAAGAGGCUCAGGUACAACUACUAGAGCUGAAUUACUGCAGGCUGAUCUCGGUCGUCUGCUUCUACUUUCGGUCAAUCCUUGGUCUUUAGUGAUAUUUAGUGUAGGAUUCUCCACUACCGAAGCUAGAAUCUGCCCAAAACCCUCUGAGAUUUCGUACCUAGCAGUGAUUCUAACAUUUAUUACAUGUUGAAUAUUUUUUAACACAUCUAUGAUUACAGAUAUUAUCAGGGUGUCUCUAACAAGCAACUCCUACUAUAAUGUGACCUGGAUCGGUGGUUUGUCUAUGAAGGUCUUAGGUCAAUAGAAUCGUUAACAUCAACAUGAAUAAUGUGACUAGUUAGAGUGUGGAUCACAGGACCUGGUCAAGCUGCAGACCAAGGAAUUAAAAGCUUGGCAGAACAAGCACUUCUUUCACUGACACUACAAACAAGGACUCUCUUCCAUCAGUAAUCCCCUUCAUGAUUGUUCUUUUACUAGUUAUGGGUUUUUAUGAAAUUCCAACCAGCUCCAGUUCCCAUAGUAACCCACCCACUAAGGUGUCAAAUA